UUUUUGCUAAAUUAUUUGAAGAUGUGGUUAAUAUUUUUAUCCAAUCCUAAUAUUUCAACAAUGAGAACAUUGGCAUUUUACGCAUUGUCAGAAGACAUUUACAUCUGUACAAGCAGGAAGACGAGUUCAUGUCUAUUUGACUCAUGUGUAUCCAAGGAUCCUUUUUACAUAUCUUGUCUUGUUCUACUAGGAAUCGGUCUAAUACUGACAAUACUCAUACUACUCUUCGAAGCAUUGCACACCGCAUCCACGAGGAAUACCAUCAUCAUGAUUAUUACCCUGAUUAUAAUGAUUAUCGGUGUUGCAUUACUGACUAAACGUGAUGAUUGGUAUGAACCGAUGAUUGCAACGAUUGUGUCAUUCACAAUAUUGAUCUUAAGUGUUUUAUUGGGUGAAAGGAUGAAAUAUUCCGCUGAAAAAUUUAGGAUACUGUUAUUUCUAGUUUGCUGUGCAUUAUUAGUAAUUGGAAUCAUUUGCAGCAUUUUGAGUAUAAUCUGCAGAAACAAGAAUGAAUGUAAAAUUGUAUGGCCAAUUUUGUCAGCCAUUUGUUGGUGCGAAGCAAUGUUUGUCAUAAUUGCAUUUACAACAUACUUUUUGAUGAAACAGAUUAAACUGGAAGAUUACUCUAAAUUAUAUGUGAUUUUUAUACAUUCGUUGGAAUAUAUACUAUUUGUUAUUAUUUCGAU